CGUAAUGUAUUUACAACUAGCAACACUGGAGACAGCUAAGUGACAUUUUGAAUUUCGGCUGAAGUUGCAGUCAAAUUCAAUCGAUUUUUAUGUAAAUUGGCGAUAAAAUAGUAAUAAUGUCGCUAGUUAAAUUAUUUUCAGUGUCCGCACGAGUCCGUACGACUUGUGCUGGCAAUAUAGUAGUGCGGCAUUGCUCAGGGGGCAACGUGGAGAAAGUAUACCCACCAGUUUCGCCAGGCUACAAAUAUGUGAACGCUGAGGACCCUGAGAUGACAUUCAAAGCCAUGUCAGACAGAGCUGCUCAAACCAUAUUUUGGACCGAGCUCGCCAGGGGAUUCGCUGUCACGUUAGCCCACAUUUUCAAGGAACCAGCCACCAUCAAUUACCCAUUCGAGAAGGGCCCACUCUCGCCCCGCUUCAGAGGAGAACAUGCUCUGCGCCGAUAUCCCUCCGGUGAGGAGAGGUGCAUUGCAUGUAAACUGUGUGAAGCUAUCUGCCCAGCUCAGGCUAUCACAAUCGAGGCAGAGGAGCGUAAGGACGGCUCAAGAAGGACGACUCGAUACGACAUUGAUAUGACCAAAUGCAUAUAUUGUGGAUUCUGUCAGGAAGCGUGCCCGGUCGACGCAAUAGUGGAAGGGCCCAACUUCGAAUUCUCGACAGAAACUCACGAGGAACUCCUUUAUAAUAAAGAAAAACUGCUAUCUAACGGAGACAAGUGGGAGAGCGAAAUAGCAUCCAACAUAAGAGCAGAUCAUCUCUACCGUUAAAAUGAUAAUUUAUUAUUACCUUAGUGUAAAUACUUUUAAGGCCUAUUUUGCAACAUUUCAGAUUCUUUUUGUUUUUAGUAUUUUUUUUGUCGAAAAUUAUAUACAGUGGUAGUGGUUUUUGUGAACAAAAUAGGUCUUAAAACUAGCAAUAUUCAAUUGUUUUUGUGAUAAAUAAAACAUAUUCUCAGUUUAAGAAA